GGCCUGGGGAGUUGCAGGAACACAUGGAACAGGAGCUGGAGAAACUCACCCAACUGCCCAGCAGUAAGAAUUCCCUCCUGAAGGAUGCCAUGGCCCCUGGCACCCCUAAGUCUCUCUUGUUAUCAGCCUCAAUCAAGCGAGAAGGGGACUCACCCACAGCCUCUCCACAUUCCUCAGAUGAUCUGCACCACUCUGACAGAUAUCAGACCUUCCUGAGAGUGAGAGCCAACAGGCAGACCCGGCUGAAUGCUCGAAUUGGGAAGAUGAAGCGUCGGAAGCAGGAUGAAGGCCAGGUAUGUCCCCUGUGCAGCCGCCCCCUGGCAGGAUCGGAGCCCGAGAUGAGUAGGCAUGUGGAGCAAUGCCUUUCCCAGAGGGAAGGCUCCUGCGUGGCCGAGGACGACUCCGUGGACAUCGAGACUGAGAACAGCACCCGCUUCGAAGAGUAUGAGUGGUGUGGGCAGAAGAGGAUACGGGCCACCACCCUCCUGGAGGGCGGCUUCCGAGGCUCCGGCUUCAUCAUGUGCAGCGGCAAAGAGAAUCCAGACAGUGACGCUGACCUGGAUGUGGAUGGCGAUGACACCCUGGAGUAUGGGAAGCCCCAGUAUACUGAGGCCGACGUCAUCCCAUGUACUGGUGAGGAGCCAGGUGAAGCCAAAGAGAGAGAGGCUCUUCGGGGAGCUGUGCUAAAUGGCGGCACACCCAGUACUCGGAUAACACCAGAGUUCUCUAAGUGGGCCAGUGAUGAGAUGCCCUCCACAAGUAAUGGUGAGAGCAGCAAGCAGGAGGUGGCCAUGCAGAAGACAUGCAAGAACAGUGACAUUGAAAAGAUCACAGAGGACUCAGCUGUGACCACAUUUGAGGCCCUGAAGGCCCGUGUUCGCGAGCUGGAGCGGCAGCUAUCCCGUGGGGAUCGAUACAAAUGUCUCAUCUGCAUGGACUCCUACACGAUGCCUCUGACGUCGAUCCAGUGUUGGCACGUGCACUGUGAGGAAUGCUGGCUCCGGACCCUGGGAGCCAAGAAGCUGUGCCCCCAGUGUAACACCAUCACAGCCCCCGGGGACCUGCGGCGCAUCUACUUGUGAACCCAGACACCAGGACCAGGCGUGAGCCCGCCCCCAGCCCUGCUCACCCACCACCCACAGAGACAGACACACGUGUACACAGGCGUGCACACAGGACUCUGGAGCCAGAGUGGAGGGUGUGGAGCAGCCCAGCCCCCCUCCUGCCCCUGCCCCGCCCGGCCCUGGCCAUCUCUGUCCCCCUCUUGCCCCUGUGUGUCUGCAGCUGGGCGGGGCGGAGCGCUGGGUCUGGGCAGACACACAGAUGGACCUGCACACAGGCCAGACAAGCACAUGUAACAUAGACCCUGGAUGUUUACAAUGUUGUGUAGAGAUGGGAUGGACCCUCCCUGCCCUGGCCCUGCCCCCCCCACCCUUCCCCGGGUUGUGUGUUUCCUUCUUUCUUAAAGGAGGCGGGGCGUAGAGGCCCCAGCCCUCGGGGAGCCCCAGCCCCUCCCCACACUGGUCCCCUGUGUCUGCCAGCGGUGGCUUCAUGUUCAGUGGUGUAUAGUUUUUCAUCCGGCCUGGGGGCCGGCAGCUUAAGGAGUGGGCUCCGACCCCCUCUGUUCUGGGGCUCAUCUGGUCACUGGUCAGUGCCAGGGACCAGGGCUGCUUAUAAGGAAGGAGUGGGAGUCCCUUCCGGGGCAGUGACCCUCCAGAGGGGAGGGGCUGACUGCCCUGGCCCUGGCCUGCCAGCCCCUGCCUGCCGGCCGCCGCGGACGCUGUGCUGUGAUGCUGUGUCUGUAUAUCCUCUGCCAAGGUACUUGUCCUUCCUGUUUGUAAACUACAUUUGACAUGAAUUAAACCAGUGUACGCCCA